AUGGCGGUAGCGCGAGGGAUGAUCCGUCCAAGUCUCUGCGCAGCACCUAUCGUCGCCGUCAGCCACGCACCAGCUUCCGCUCCUCUGGUAGCACGGUUCGCCUCGAACUCCCCCGGGCCAAAACGCUUGCGACCCAGCGAUGCAGACAAUUUCUACAAUGACAGAACGGGCGACCUGAUGACGACCCCCGAGAACAAGGCGUGGUUCCAAAAGCACCCGUCGAUCCAUCACGACAAUGGCAUUGCAUCCCCGUUGCGCAUGAACAAUGAGGAGAAGGGCGUGAUGAUUGAUUAUCGCGUAACGCUGCGGUUCACCCCGAAGCACCUGAUCCAUCCGUACCACCUUGGAUUUCUGGACCCAAGAGGCCACCCCCAGGCGUUGGCGCAGCGACUACGAUACGCCGAGAAGACGUCGAAGGAGCCGCUGUGGAUGGUCUGCACUGGCUACGGCCAAGUCAUCCCGGUCGUCAAGAGCAUGGCAAAGAGGCGCGUCCAUGCUGCGAUCUGCGCGGCCUUGGAGAGGAGGGGAUACGAUGCCCAUGGCAAGAAGGCAGAUGGGAAGCAUAUCAGGGGAACGUUGUGGCUGACCCUCAAGGAGCCCUUGAGGACAGUCGAUCGACGAAACCUGGAUGAAUUCGGAGAAAGGGCCGUGGACAUGCUGUUGCGAGGGCUGGACCACGGCUCUCAGCAACGUCCGGUGCCAACGCAACAGAGAAAACCAGCACCGAAACAGCGAAAGAUGCAAAAUCGGAAGACGCAGGAUCCGUUUGAAAUGAAGUUUGGGCAUGCAAGGCGGGACCAAUGA